AUGGCUUUGGAAGAUGUCUUUUGUGGUGCGGUUUCAGCGUAUUUGAAUGUAAGCUUGAAUUCAGCUCAGCUCAUCAGUAUCACAUGUGAGGUAGUCUCUUUCCGAAAUGGUAGUGUGGUUGGUGAUCUUCGAAUCGGUCUCGCAGCACCAUCUCAGGAUUCCGCUGAUAGUCUUGCUCAAUCAGCCACUGACCUAUCACUGGCGAAUGACACAUUACCCUAUCUCGGUGGUUCUCUUAACGUCGAAGAGUUAGUCGUAGACAAUACCGAUAGUUGUGAGAACAGCAACCCCUGCAGAAAUGGAGGGAUCUGCACGGAUGAAUUUAACACGUAUAGUUGCGCAUGCCCAGAGGAUUACUCAGGGACAGACUGUUCAUCAUUCUCUGGUAGGACUGGCCUAUCACCUGGUGCUAUUGUUGGAAUCAUACUUGGUGCUAUGUCGGGAGCUCUGUUCUUCGUUAUCUGCGCGUGUUUAAUAAUGGUCCAGACAGUGCGUCGUAAUGAGGCAAAUAGGAUGUUAAUGGGGAUGCAGAAGCAUAGCAACUACCACAUCUCAGAGCACCGGCGUAUAUUCGGCGACCGACAGUCGGAUCAUUCAUUUGACGAUUACUCGUUUGAAGCCUCUCUUGAUCGUCGACAAUAUGAUAUCGGUAGAGCUGUUAAUCAGAUAAGACAUUAUCAAGGAAUGGAUAACCCUAGACGAGGAGGUUUGGAUAACUUUGCUACACCAUAUGUAGUUGAUGGGCAUAGCAGCGCCAGUGGAGAGAGCGUCGUUGAACGAAACCCGUUACACUACAGCUACUACUAAGGCUUAGAUGUAUCUGCAAACGGUCCCAGUACUAUUUAUCAUUUUGAUUUGUGCCCAACCUACAUGUACAUGUGAUGUGAAUGUGUACAGGAUUGAUUCAUUGAGCACUGGAAGCGGCAACCAGACCCAAACUUGGGGUAGUAAAUAAUGCGCCUCGGACUAGACUAUAAUCCUAUAACGUUGAAUUGAACAAUACAAAUGUCAAUUUAUCUUCACUCUGACCUGUUCUCAUUAUUAUUUAAUAAAUAUGCUGUCUGAGUUAAAUAUAUCUAAACUAAAUGAAUUUUUUCUAUCAUUAUUAUUAAUAUUAAUAAAUUAAAACAAUAUUAUACAAACAUGAAGGUGGGGUUUGAAGUAUUUAAAGUUUCAUCAUUAUAUAAUUAUGAUUGUUCACAUGACAAAUUCUCCAUUGUAAUUUCUAAGGACUUGUUUAUUCGGAACAUUAUAGU